GUGGUGAAUCUUUCUGGGGACAACCUUUCAAAGACGAGUUUCGACCCAACCUGUCCCACACGGGCCGAGGAAUUCUCAGCAUGGCCAACUCCGGUCCGAACACCAACAAAUCUCAGUUCUUCAUCACGUUUCGCUCCUGCACCUACCUGGACAGAAAACACAGCGUGUUUGGAAGGGUCGUUGGUGGCUUUGAGGUGCUCACAGCCAUGGAGAGUGUGGACUGUGAUCCCAAGACGGAUAAACCAAAGUCGGACAUCCAGCUCGUGAGCACCACGGUGUUCGUGGACCCGUACGAAGAGGCCGACGCUCAGAUUGCGGCCGAGCGACUAAAGGAGCUGCAGAAACAGGAAGAGGAGGAGCUACAGACCAACGCCGCGCUGAAGAAAUCCACAGAGCAGCCGGCGACGCCCAAAACCUUCAAGGAGGGGGUGGGAAAGUACAUCAACGCUGCUGCCAUGAAACGUUCAGCUGUGGACGAUGAAGACGGUCCCUCUACGAGUGGAGCUGCAGCCAAGAGGUCCAAAGGGACGACGAGCUUCAGAGACUUCAGCUCCUGGUAGCUCUGGAGCUUUCAGGGUUCUGUUUUCCACCAAGUCUGACUAAAUGCUCUCCUUCAGUUUUAUCGUCUCAUA